AUGGAGAAAAUCUGCAUCUUCAUGGCGUUUUUCUCCAUUUUUGCCCCUUCAGUUCUCUCGAGAACACUGUCGAGCAGUUCAAAAACCACUAUUUUAGAUGUUUCCUCCUCAAUUUCCAGAGCAGAAGAGUUCUCGCUCGGCGGAAAUGUGUUACAGUCAAAGCACGAGGUACAACACCACCGGCGCCCGAUUGUCUUCUCCGAAUCUCAACUGAGUUUCCAGAUCCAUAACCGGUUGUCCGUCCACGGGAGCUCGGAGAAGGACUACAGAGCAGUCGUGUCGGCUAGACUCGCUCGCGACUCGUCCCGAGUCAAGGCGAUUCAGACUCGGGUAGAUCUGGCGAGUCUGGGGAUAAAACGAGCAGAUCUGACGCCGUUGGAGGUCGAGCUAGUGGAGGACAAAUUGGAAGGCCAGGUCAUCUCCGGCACCAGCCAGGGCAGCGGCGAGUACUUCUGCCGCGUCGGAAUAGGCCGGCCACCGUCGGAGGUGUACAUGGUGCUCGACACCGGGAGCGAUGUCAACUGGGUGCAAUGCGCUCCCUGUGGUGAGUGCUACCAGCAGACCGACCCCAUUUUCGAUCCGGUCCGGUCAUCCUCCUUCUCCCCGCUCGGGUGCGAGGCGCAGCAGUGCCGGUCGCUCGAUGUAUCCGAGUGCCGCAACGACACGUGCCUCUACCAGGUCUCCUACGGAGACGGCUCCUACACCGUCGGGGAUUUCGCGACGGAGACCAUAACAUUCGGCGGCUCGGCCGCGGUCGACAACGUGGCCAUCGGAUGCGGUCACAACAACGAGGGCCUCUUUGUCGGCGCCGCCGGGCUAAUCGGCUUGGGUGGCGGCCCGCUGUCGUUCCCCUCUCAGAUCAACGCCUCCUCCUUCUCAUACUGCCUUGUCGACCGCGACUCCAACUCGGCGUCCACGCUGGAGUUCAACGCGGCUGCGCCGCCCGACGCCGUGGCGGCGUCUCUGGUCCGGAACUCGAAGGUGGACACCUUCUACUACGUGGAUCUAGUCGGGAUGAGCGUCGCCGGAGACCUGCUGCCGAUUCCGCCGGAAACCUUCCGGCUGGGCGAGGACGGAAGCGGCGGCGUCAUAGUGGAUUCCGGGACUGCCGUCACGAGGCUGCAGACGGAGGCGUACAACUCGCUGAGGGACGCCUUCCGUAGGGGGACGGUGAACCUGCCGUUAACUAACGGCGUUGCGCUAUUCGACACGUGCUACGAUCUGAGCUCGAGAAAGAGCGUGGAGGUGCCAACGGUGUCGUUUCACUUCUCUAACGGCAAGGAGCUGGGUUUACCGGCGAAGAAUUACAUGAUUCCGGUGGAUUCAUCGGGGACCUUCUGUUUCGCGUUUGCCCCAACGGCGUCGUCGCUGGGUAUAAUCGGAAAUGUGCAGCAGCAGGGGACACGUGUCAGUUUUGAUAUCGCAAGAUCUGUUAUUGGGUUCUCGCCCAAUAAAUGCUGA